AUGAUUCGACGCACAUUGCGGCAGUUACUCCUUAAUGUAUCGGGUGAAAGUCCGUCAUUCCGUGCAAAGCCCGUUCGGAAUCUUCAGAUGGAUGUUCAGAUGAGUCCAUAUAAAGAGCAAUUUAAGGAUUACUGGUCUACACCCGUACCGUGGGCAGAUCGUGAGUAUGGCGAGAAGCCAAAGUUAGGCGCACCCGUUCCCACACGCCGUGCGGCUACUGCUAUCGUAGUGGGAAAAAAUAAAUACAUGGAUGCGGCAAAGAUUGAGUCUGGUGAAGAUAAUGAUUACAAAGUACUUAUGAUGUAUCGUGAGGGAAAAGGUCGUUUCGUGCGAGAUCAGUUUAUUUUUCCCUCAUUCCCUCUUAGUUUAGAAGACAGUUCAGAGGAUUGGGAUAAAAUUCUUCGCCGCCGUGAAGUAAAGACACAUUGGCCAGAUUUACAUCAUAGACUUUGUGCUAUGCGUGCACUCUUUGCACAGAUGAAUAUUCUCUUAAUUCCUAAAGAAGGUGGUGGACUCGCUGAAGUGGAAGGACCACCUGGACCAAAGAAGUGGCAUUUACUCGUUCACUCAUCUCCAAAGGCGAUGAAAAAUCUUGUAGAUGUAUUAGAAUUACCAAUGGAAACCUGUCUCUCUCAAUUACUACCCUUUCGUAGUAUUAUAACUCCUACAACGGAAACCUUUCGAUUUGAAAAUCUUAAUUAUCUUAUUCCGUUUGAAAAGAUACCGGAUGUUAGAUUUACAAUUAGUACUUUAGGAGAAAAACUUGUCUGGGUAUCACCUAUGGAAGCCAUGGCAAGAUUUAAUGCUGGUAUAAUGAAUAUGCCUACUCCAAAUCUUAUUACCCUUUCAGAAUUAAAUAAUGAAUGUCCAACCUUUGAAGAUGUAAUGAAACGAACCCCACGUACUCCUCCUCGUUCAGUUCUUCCUGAAUUAUUUCGUCACACUGAAAGUAAAGUUGCCACCAUUGUUCUUCCUGGUGACUUUGCUCAUCCCUCAACAACUGAAGAAGAUAAAAAGGAAAAUUAUCUUCGUAGAUUUGUUUAUGAAAAGGAUUAUCCAUUUGGUGUUCGAGCUGUAUUUGAAGAAAGACCCGCUACUCCAUCAGAGACGGCAGAACCACUCAUUCAAGAAGCUCCCAAACUCUUAGAAGAGGCAAAUGAGAUGGAUAUGGUUUACGCGGAUAUUCCUUACCCGAAACGAGAGAAACGUCCUGAAGAAAUGGGGCGUACAUUAUUCCCUGUUCCUAAAUAUACAUUUCAAGAAGGGACUGAAAAUGAAGAAGGUGUUAUUCCUGUGCAAAAGAGGAAUAUUGAGAGUAUAGGUGACCUUUACACACACACCAAUUAA